GAGCCGCCCGUAACCCGCUGCUGCUGCUGCUGCUGGAGGAGCUACUUGCUCCCGGUCGGCGGUGGCUAGCGAGUGACUGCGGCCCUAAGAGCGGUCCGCCAUGCAAAGAGGCCGUGUGCGCUCUUUAGAUUUCAACAGCGGAACCCUCGCGGGCACCCAGCGGGCCUCGUUCCUGUUGUGUUAGUAGCCGAGGGAGGGGGGGGGGCGGUAUCGCCCGUUGGAUGAGAACACUGUGUGCGGAACUAGAGCCUCUUAGCGGGCCGUGUCGCCAUUGCUUUGUACGGUUGCCGUCUCGCCGCAGUCUCCCUAAGCUAGCGAAGCUGUUUUGUGAACCCGAGCAACACGGAGCGCCAGGAUGAAGAAGAAAGCUCGGCAGCACCGGGUGGCGGUGCCGCAGAGGCCCCCGUCUCCCAUCAAGCCUUCCCCCAACAAGCAGAUCCUGACCUACGCCCAGGCGCAGCGCAUGGUGGAGUUUGCCGUCGACGGCCGCCUCCAUCGGAUCAGCAUCUACGACCAGCUGGACGUGGUCUCGGACGACGACCCCAUGGUGCAGGAGAUGAUGGAGUGCACCAGCAAUAAGGAGAACGCGGAGAAACCACCGCAGCAGGUCCUCGUGAGGUCAGUCCGGCUAAAAAACAACCAGGACAAGCGAAACGCUGCCCUGGGCAUCAACGCUCACGGAGAGGGAGGCGGACACCAGGCGGCCAGCAAUGCCGCUCCGAAGCUUCAAGAGCCCAAAUUCCGCACGGUGGAAUACAACCUCCCCGCGGUUCCUAAACCCUCAGCUGCCUUUUACAAAUAUGCAGAGAAGACUGAGGAGGAACUGGAUGAGGAGACAGAGUACGACAUGGACGAGGAAGACUACGCCUGGCUGGACUUGGUCAACGACAAGCGGAGAAGCGAAGGCGUCAGUCAGGUUUCCCACAACGUCUUCGAGUUCCUCGUCGACCGCUUCGAGAAAGAGCUGCACCUGGAGAGCCUGGACCAGAGCGGCGAGAAGCAAGCGCCCGUGGAUGAGGACGCCGUCUGCUGCAUCUGCGGCGACGGCGAGUGCCACAACGGCAACGCCAUCCUGUUUUGCGACCUGUGCAACGCGGCGGUGCACCAGGAGUGCUACGGCGUGCCCUACAUCCCCGAGGGCCAGUGGCUGUGCAGGCACUGCCUCCAGGCGCCCGCGCGACCCGCCGACUGCAUCCUCUGCCCCAACAAGGGCGGCGCGGUGAAGAAGACGGACGACGGCCGCUGGGGCCACGUGGUGUGCGCCCUCUGGGUCCCCGAGGUGGGCUUCUCCAACACCACCUUCAUCGAGCCCAUCGACGGCGUCGGCCAAAUCCCCCCGGCGCGCUGGAAGCUCACCUGCUACCUGUGCAAGGAGAAGGGCGUCGGCGCGUGCAUCCAGUGCCACCGGGCCAACUGUUACACCGCCUUCCACGUCAGCUGCGCCCAGAAGGCCGGCCUCUUCAUGAAGAUGGAGCCGAUCAAAGAUGUGACGGACGCCGGAGAGGCCACGUUCUCGGUGAAAAAGACGGCCUACUGCGGAGCUCACACCCCCAGCGGGUGCGUCAGGAGGCCGCUGACCAUCUACGACGCCGGCAAACCCAGAAACGGACUGUGUAAAAAGGUGGACAAAGGGCGCGCCGUCGGUAAGCGGCAGUCCAAAGGAAAGAAGAAGAGCAGCAAGAGGCCCGAGCCUGAACCCGAAGCCGCGAUCCUCGCCGCUGUGCCUUCGUUUCCUGUUCACAGGUUACAGACCAUUCUGAACCAGGUGUCGGUUCAGAAGAAGAGGGCGUUUGUGGAGCUGGUCCUAAAUUACUGGACAUUAAAGAGGCAGUCCAGGAACGGGCUUCCCCUCAUCAGACGCCUUCAGACCAGCAUGCUGUCUCAGAAGAAUGCGCAACCGGUUUGUUCAUCUCGGCAGUGCGAGGAGGAGAGCAGGGCCCUGAAGGACCAGCUGAAGGAGUGGCACCGCCUCCGACACGACCUGGAGAGAGCCCGGCUGCUGCUGGAGCUGAUCCGCAAGAGGGAGAAGCUCAAGAGGGAAGAGAUCAAACUGCAGGAGACCCUCCUAGAGAUGCAGUUGAGUCCCUUCAGCAUAUUGCUCAGAGCCCUGUUGGACCAGCUGCAGACAAAAGACCAAGCCAAGAUCUUCACCCAGGCGGUGGAUGUCGAUGAGGUCCCCGACUACCUCGACCACAUCAAGCACCCGAUGGACUUCUCCACCAUGCGGCAGCGCAUCGACACACAGGCCUACAACAACUUUGACCAGUUUGAGAACGACUUCAACCUCAUAGUUGACAAUUGCAUGAAAUAUAACUCAAAGGACACCUAUUUCUACCGGGCCGCUGUUCGCCUCCGAGACCAGGGCGGGUCCCUGCUCAGAAAAGCCCGGCGAGACGUGGAGAAAAUCGGCUUUGACUCGGAGAGCGGAGUGCACCUGGCCGAAGCGCCGGAAAUCAAGGCGCCAACAUCCUUUUCUUGGGAGGACGUGGACCGCCUACUGGCGCCGGCCAAUCGGCAGCACCUGCCUCUGGACCAGCAGCUGCAGCAGCUCCUGGAGAAGUUUGACCUGACCUGCUCCAUGAAGUCCAGCCCCUCUCGCAGCAAGCGCCUGAAGCUACUCAAGAAGACCAUCAACGACGUGCGCAACGAAAUGAGCCUAAAGAGAGUCCUGCCCUCCGGCCACCACCACCACCACCAUCAUCACCACCACCACCAACACCACCAUCACCACCACCAUUCGACUCCUUCCACUUCAUCAUGCUCCUCAUCAGCUGUCUCACACCCGGUGUUGAGUACACCAAAAGAAGAGGGAAUGAAGCUCAAUGGACAUUUUCCAGAUGACGAGGUAGACAAGUCUCUUCCUCCCAAGCUGGAGCCUUCGGACUCCAUCCCCCCACUCAUCCACUCGGGCACCGACCCCGGGCCCCCCACCCUCAGACCCGUCGACGCUGCCCCGGACUGCGAGGACGGGCACCCGAGCGGCUUCGCCAAGUUUGAUGGGGAGGCGCCCGAGCUGCUGUGCUCCACCCCCUCCCGCCUCAAUGGCCACUCCCUCGACGGCCUCCGGGCCUCGCUGCUGGACGGGGAUGUCAGCGUGGUCGCCACGUCGACCCUGGCGGAGCCCGCGUGCAGCGUUAACCGCCGGACAGCCGUGCUCUUCCGCAAGUCGAAGGCCGCCGGCCCCCACAAGCUGCCCGCGAGGAGCAGGGCUGGCGAGGGGCUCGACGGAGCCGACGGGAAGGGGCCCCCCUCCACGCAGGAGGGGGAGGAGAAGGAAAAGGAGGAGGAAAAGGAGCAGGAGGCUGGGGAAGGCGCGCAGCUGGGCUUCCUGUCCGUGGUCAUACCCAGGCUGGAGACGCUGCUGCACAGCAAGAAGAGGAAACACGGCAGCGGCAGCAGCCGGGACAGCAAGGAGGAAGAGGCGGAGGAGCAGCGAGGAGAGGGGGAGCAGGAAGAAGAGGGGGAGUCGCCCGUGAAGCGGCUCGACACCGGCUUGUCGAGCGGUUUCCUGGAGGUGGUCGAGGAGGAGGAGCCGGUCGGCUCCAACGGGGCCGGUCGAGCCGCCGAGCCGCGGAGGCGCUGCGCCUCGGAGUCGUCCAUCUCCUCGUGCAGCAGCCUGCCGGGAAGCACCAGCACUGUUCUCAGCCUUCCAAAAUGUGGGAAGGGGAAACCAGCCCUGGUCCGGAGGAACACUGUGGACGAUAAGAGCGAAUUAAUCGCCUGCAUCGAAACCGGGAACUUUGCAAAAGCUGCUCGAAUCGCUGCCGAGGUUGGCAACAGCAAUAUUUGGAUGCCCGCUAGUGCCGCAACAGUUGCAUUGGAACCCCUGAAGCUAGUUUGGGCCAAAUGUAGUGGAUACCCUUCCUACCCGGCCUUGAUCGUCGACCCGCACAUGCCGCGCGUGGGCUGCCAGCACAACGGCGUGUCCAUCCCGAUGCCUCCCAUGGACGUGCUGCGCAUCGGAGAACAGAUGCAGUACAAAGCCGAAGAGAAUCUCUACCUCGUCCUCUUCUUCGACAACAAGCGCAGCUGGCAGUGGCUUCCUAGAUCCAAGAUGGUUCCCCUGGGAAUGGACAAGACCAUAGACAAGAUCAAGAUGAUGGAGGGACGCACGUCCAGCAUUCGCAAGGCCGUCCAGGUCGCCUACAGUCGCGCCAUAAACCACCUGAGCAUCGUGCAGGACGAGCCGGUCAGCGACCUCAGCGACGUGGACUGAUGCUGCUCGCUGACUCUGACCACGCACACACACACACACACACGCACACACACACAGUUACCUCUCCUGUACCAAAUACCUUCCUCCUCCCCCGGCGCUCUCCCGAUUCUGCUGGUGACUCAAAUGUUUACUGGGGCCCCCCGCUCACCCUCCUCCCCCGCCCUCUUAUCGCGUGCCCAUGGGAUGCGGCUGCUGCUCAAAUGAAUGUGUCCGUCUGAUCCCCGUGUGCUUAGAGUCCGUUCCUUUUAUGCCCGACUCAGAUUGCCCCCUCUGAAAAUUACGAUUGUGGUUUCAAAGCAAAAAAAAAAAAAAGAG